AGCAAGAAAAAAAGACAAAAAGAAAAAAAAAAAUUUAAUCAUGUCUACUCAGCCUCGUUCACGUAAAAUUAAUAAAUGUAUGUCACAUAGCUCUGUAUAUACACUUUUGAUACUUCACGAUGGUUAAUUACUAUGCAUUCACAUCUCGUCAAAUCACUCCACUAGUAUAAGUUUACCAAAUUUGAUAUAAACAACAUAUACGAAUACCGAUUUAUAAGUGUCACACUCCAAAAUCCCAUUUGCUACUACAUAUAAGGCUACAAAAUGCCUUUAUGUCUCUUUAACUUAUUCCACCUCAACACUAUAUCUCUCACAAGUAGUAGUUGGUUACCACUAGUUCUUAUCAUUUUCCCAAAAUAAAAUUGAAAUUUCAAGAUUCCAAAUAUUUCAAGAACAUUAGACAUGGGAUUAUAUGAAUCAUGUUGUGUUAUAGUCCUAUAUUUUAUGUUCUUACUUUUGAAUCCUCAAUUUUCAUGUUCCAUGUCAUGUACAACACAAAAGUUCACCAGCAACAAAUUGUAUGAACAUUGCAAUGACUUGCCACAUUUGAAUUGUUACCUUCAUUGGACUUACAAUCCAAAAAUUUCUUCUUUAAAUUUAGCAUUUGCAGCUACUCCUACUAAGCCUAAUGGAUGGAUUUCAUGGGGAAUCAAUCCAAAUGGGACGGGAAUGAUUGGUACACAAUCGUUGAUCGCGUUUAAAAAUCUCAACGAUACUAUAGUUGUGAAAACCUUCAAGUUGAACUCGUAUAAGUCUAUCGUGGAAGGGGAACUUGAGUAUCGCGUUUCGAAUAUGCAAGCAAUGUAUAGUAAUGAGCUGAUGGUAAUUUUUGCUAGUGUUGAAUUACCUAAAGGAAUGAAAGAGUUGAAUCAAGUAUGGCAAGUUGGAAGUUUAGUGUUAAAUGGGACAUUUCCAGGAAUUCAUGAUUUUCAAAUUGAAAAUUUGAAUUCAAAAGGAAAACUUGAUUUGAUGAAAGGAAAAAAUGUUAAUAAUGGUCUUGAGGAUACUAUGGUCAAGAAUAGAAAUAUUCAUGGAAUUUUAAAUGUUGUGAGUUGGGGAAUUUUAUUUCCAAUUGGUAUUAUGAUCGCAAGGUAUCUAAGAACAUUUUUGGAUCCAAUAUGGUUUUAUGUUCAUGUGACUUGUCAAAUAUCAUCUUAUAUUAUUGGAGUUUCUGGUUGGGCCACUGGUCUAAAACUUGGAAGCCAAUCCAAAGGAAUUAUUUACAAUUCUCAUAGAGAUUUUGGUAUUGCCUUGUUUUGUCUUGCAACUCUACAGGUGUUUGCAAUAUUUCUGAGGCCAAAGAAGGAACACAAAUACAGAUUUUAUUGGAAUAUGUAUCAUCAUGGAGUUGGAUAUGGUGUACUUGUUCUAGGUAUCAUUAAUGUAUUUAAAGGUCUUGAAAUUUUACAACCACAAAGCAAAUGGAAAUUGGCUUAUAUUAUUUUCCUAUCAAUUAUUGGAGGAAUUGCUCUUAUUUUAGAAGCAAUUACUUGGAUAAUUGUACUUAAAAGGAAGCCUAGAAAAUCAAAUAACAAACUUCAUGAUGGACAAAAUGGAAGACAACAACCUCUCACUUCUUGAAGUUAUUAUUGAGUUUUAUUUUUUCAUAUAUAUAUAUAUUUGUUUUUCUAUGGUUGGGUUGAAUUUAUUUUAAUAAUUUUCUUCUUGUUUAGAAUCCAUACUCUUAUGAGAGUAUUGUUGUUGUAUUGCUUCAUUUUAGUAUUUAUAUAGUAAGGAAUAUAAAUAUUGUUGCUAUUCAAACAACAA